AUGAUCAAAAACACUGAUAACUCAAAGUUAGUGGAUCAUCAUUAUUAUAAAAUAAAUCUGCAACAUCAACUUCAAAAUCAAAAGCAACAACAACAACAACAAAAUCAUAAUCAUCAACAAAAUCAAUUACCAUCUCCUCAUUCAUUACUGAAAUAUGGAGAUUUAAAAAAUGUAGGUAGAGGAAAUUUUGGAGAUGUUUAUAGAGCAAUAGAUUUAAAUCAUAAAUUAAUAAAUGGAAAACCAAAAUAUGUUGCAUUAAAAGUUAUAAAUAUUGAAGAUUCAAAUGAUGAUUUAAAACAAAUAUUAAAAGAAAUUCAAUUUUUAAAUAAUUUAAAAAAUCAAAAUAUUGUUGAAUAUAUUGAAAGUUUUAUACAAGGUUAUAAUAUUUUUAUUGUAAUGGAAUAUUGUGGAGGAGGAUCAUGUUCAGAUUUAAUUAAAUAUCAUAAAAAAUUAAAUGAAUUAGUUGUUGGUUAUAUUAUAAAACAAGUUUUAAUGGGACUUUUAUAUAUUCAUAAUGAACAUAAAGUUCAUAGAGAUAUAAAAUCUGCAAAUAUCUUGUUAACUGAAGAUGGUAUAGUUAAAUUAGGAGAUUUUGGAGUUAGUGCUGAUAUAUCAUUAACUAAAAAGAAAAAAAUGACAUUUGUUGGAACACCAUUUUGGAUGGCACCAGAAGUUAUAACAAGAGGUUCAACUAAUAAAAUUAGUAAUAAUAAUCAAAGUUUAAAUAAAUUAAAUAAAAAAAAUGAUGGAUAUGAUUAUAAAGCAGAUAUUUGGUCAUUAGGUAUAACAGUUAUUGAACUAAUUACAGGAUCACCACCAUUAUCAGAACACGAUCCAUUAAAGAUUAUAUUUGAUAUACCUAAAAAAAAGCCACCUCAAUUAAAAGGCUCGCAAUAUUCAGAAAAUAUAAAAGAUUUUAUAAAAUAUUGUUGUUUAAUGGAUCCAGAAAAAAGACCAAAUUGUAAAAAAUUAUUAUCUCAUCAUUUUAUUAAAAAAAUAUCACAACAAAAUUUAGAAUUGAGUAAAAAGGAAUUAAUUAAAUUAAUUAAUUUAAAAAAUCAAUAUUUUUUAAAAAGAUCUCGUCAAUUGAAACCAAGACAUAAGUUGAAUUCAGAUUUAGUUGAAAAUUUAGAUCAAAGAAAGAAGAAUAAGAAUGCCAAAAAUAAGGAUAAUGAUGAAGAAGAAGAAGAUGAAAAUGAAAUAAAUAAUGAAAAUAAAGUUGAAUGGGAAUUUACAAGAACAUUACAACUACAAAUGGAUAAAGCAAAUAAUAAUAACAAGAGUAAUAUUCCAUAUCUUCAAAUUAAUCAAGAUUCAUUAAAUAAAAAUGAAUUUUUAAGAGAUUUUAAAUUGAAACAUCAUUCAAUAAAUAAUCAAGAAGAAGAAGAUGAAGAAAAUAAUCAAAAAUUUCGAAAUUCAUUUAAUUCAUCAACAAAAAAUCAAUCUCAAAAUCAAUCAUACUCAAAUAAUCAAAAUAAUCAAAAUAACAACCACAUCAAUAAUAAUAAUGAAGUGUUUACAAUUGAUAAAAAAUCAAUAUUAUUUUAUAGUUUAUCAAAUGUUUUAAAAAGAAGUAAAGAUCAUCAAACCCAAAAAAAUGUUUUAAAAUUAAUUGAAAUUUUUAAAAAUUUUGAAGAUGAGAAUCCUGGGUUAUGUAAUGCUUUAAUUGAAGAAAUUAAAUGGUUUAUGUAA